CAACACUCUCUAGGCUCACAUAUAAACCAAAAUCACCAGAAGAAAUGGCUUCUAAACGUACAUAUUUCUUAGCGCCCAAUCUAGAACAUAAGCUGUCAUCCAGCCCAAUUCAGCUCAGCGUUCUACUAGCAGAUGCCUUGAAGCCGACCAAACCGCUCUCCACGCAUUCCUCUCCGCCCGAAUUCGACUCAAUUGUGCAGACAUCGUACGUCAUCUCCAGGACGUCAGGCAAUACUGUCAAUGCUGGUAUGCGUGUCAAAUUCCUAUCCUUUGCCGGCACUCCCAUAGAUUUUGCCAAUAACGCCCAUGUCAUGGUAUCCUUCGACAUUGACACGCUUGAGACGAGGUGGCUGAAGAGUGAGCCGCAAGAUGACGAUGAGGACCUCCUAGCUCGCUUGCAGGAGCCGAAAGUGCAGGCCGCCAUUCGAGGAGGUCUAUACGGAGCACGUCCAAUCUACAUUAUCAGUGGGCUGAAAAUCGCGCGUGGUCUGUCCGUUCAACGCGAGGAAUCCAAAUCUACGCACGGAUCAGUGGGCGGCACAGUUCCCAUCAUCGACGGCAUCUCUGUCGGAGCUGAGAUAGGCGGAGAGAAGCGAUUUGGCACGAGCGGCACAUUCAAAGUGGCCCCAGAGGAAGACAUCAUAUUUGCUUAUCGGGUUCACAAGAUCAAGCCAAAGAGCCGCAAAGUGACCAAGGCCUCGGUGAAUGUGUACGAAACUAGCUCUGCUUUCUUACAUGGCGAUGAUGAGGAUAGUGGUUUCAAGGGCGUCGAGGUCGUGUCUGUGAGCGUAGAUUCUGUUCUGAGUGAAGACGAAGACGAUGAUGAUGAUGAGAAAGACGAGGCAGAAGGACAGUACCUGGAGCUCAAGGGUGGCGACGAUGGGGAGUACUAUGUUCACAUGGGUCAAGCUUGAUGCAUUUUGUCCACAGAUGCCAUAUAUUGAGUAUGAAUGUAAUCCUUAUCUUGCUACAUCUAUAGCUUGAAGGGAAUUUAAACUCUUUAUAGAGGUCUCAGAGACUUUAGCCUCGUUCAUUAAUUAGGUGGCUAAUUAAGCGAUACUAGUAUUAAGGGAUCUGCAG